UCAUUUUGACUCCGUCAAUUGCCGUCAAUGGUCAUAACCUCACUUUCUAAGUAGACAUUUUCCGAUAAGGUUUAUCACUUAAACUGUAAACAAACAUUGAAUUUUCUACAAUUCAUCAAAGAUGCGUCCAUUUUCGAAAGUGAAUAAGUUAUUUUUGGGCGUUUGUGUUGCGUCUGGGGCCGUUACAUACUAUUUUCUGAACGGUUCAAACAAGAAGGUUUACGCUUCUUGGACGUCGAAUUACGAGCCUUCGGCACACGCAAGAUGGGACGAUAAUUGGGACCACCGCUCACCGAAGUUUUUGUUACAUCCAAAAUAUUCCAAAGAUGAGAAUAAUAAUCAGAUUCAUAGCGAAAUUGAGGUAAAUAAAGCUAAAUCAGUUCGACAUUUAAUUUUAAUACGUCAUGGUCAAUAUAAUGUUAAUGGACAAUUUGACGAAGACCGGACUUUAACAAAAUUGGGUAAAAUUCAAGCUGAAUAUACUGGAAAAAGACUCAAAGAAUUAGGUCUACCUUACACAAAAAUAAUAAAGUCGACAAUGUCUCGUGCGCAAGAAACCGGUUCAAUUAUCUCAACUUCUCUCCCAGACGUACCCGUAAAACACUGCGAUUUGUUGCGUGAAGGGGCCCCUAUACCUCCUGAGCCUCCAAUAGGGUCGUGGAAACAAGAAAUGUAUAAGUUUUUCGUUGAUGGGGCACGAAUUGAGGCCGCUUUUCGUAGGUAUUUUCAUAGGGCUGCGCCCCAACAAAAGGAAGACUCUUAUACAGUUUUAGUGUGUCACGCUAAUGUGAUUCGGUAUUUUGUGUGCAGGGCACUGCAAUUACCGGCCGAGGCUUGGUUGAGGAUGUCUUUGAAUCAUGCUAGUAUUACUUGGAUUACAAUUACUCCAAGUGGGAGGGUGGUCUUAAGGUGCUUGGGGGAUAGCGGACAUAUGCCCCCAGAUGUCAUCACGAGUCGAUGAAUUUUUAACAAAUAAGCGCAAAAACACAUUUUUAUAUUCAUCUAAUUGUAUUUUUAAGUAUUAUUUUGUUUAGUUUAUGAGAAUUUCUUGCCAUGAUUUAAUUUUUUUGAUUUUAUAAUAUCAUCAAAUAAAAGAAUUUUAAGAGAAAUUAUAGGAUUUAAAAAGCUA